CCAGCUGCCAGCUGCGUAGGUAAACAUCCCGGGCAGAGUGACAACAUGGCGCACGCCGUGGAUCCGGAGGUUCUGCGGGAGUACCGAGAAAACGGCGCCGUGUGUCUCAGGAACGUCUUCUCCGCGGACUGGGUGGACAAGGUCAGGAAGGGUAUCGAGAAGAACAAGGCCCACCCGAGCCGCUACAGCGAGAGCCUUGUGGGGGAGGGCGGGCCCGGGGCUUAUUUUAACGACUACUGCAACUGGCGGAGCAUCCCGGAGUUCCAGGACUUCGUGUACAACAGCCCUGCUGCGCACAUAGCGGCUCAACUUAUGGACUCACGGACGGCCAUUUUCUACCACGAGCACGUCCUGACGAAGGACCCGGGAACGUACAAGACCACGCCCUGGCACCACGACCAGUCCUACUAUCCCGUGGACGGUGACAAGGUGUGUUCUAUCUGGAUGCCCGUUGACCCCGUUCCCAUGGAGACGUGUGUGCAGUUCGUGCGCGGGUCGCAAGGGUGGGGCUGGUUCUACCCCAGGAAGUUCGCCACCACGCUCAACUACAGUCUGACGGGGGGCGACACAGGCAGCAAGACUUUCCGGGAUGUCCCGGAUAUAGACGGGGACAGGAACAAGUACGAUAUACUCACCUGGGACGUGCAGCCCGGAGACUGUAUCGUGUUCCACAUGAAGACCCUACACGGCGCACCCGCCAACCCGUCCCUGUCUCUGCGCAGGCGCGUGGUCUCCACACGGUGGGUGGGGGAUGACGCCGUGCUGGCCGAGAGGCCCUGGGAAGUCUCUCCACCAAUCACAGGGGGUCUUACAUACGGCGACAAGAUGGCGUGCGACACUUUCCCGCUCAUCUGGAAGCGAGACUGAGAUUGGCAAACUUUCCAUCACCAGUCAUCGCAAAGCAGAUGUUGAAAGUGGAGAUCACAAUGCCGUCGCACCAUAUUUUCGUAUCGCAACGUUAUAUGACAGCACGUGAUGCCAACACACUUAUGCCCAUAGCUUAUAUAUGUCGUCAUCAAAACAAAUGACUUUACAGAAGUACAGUGAAACAAAAACAGAAACGCAAAGUGCAAGAAUGACAAAGCAAUGUGGGAUAGGCGACAUGCUUACAAGACUUAUUGAUAUCGAAUGUAAGAAAAUAACUUUUGUGUACUGGUAAAUUAUAUGCAGAUUUCGUAUUUUAUUGAUUUUAAUCCUGAUCCUUCCAAGUAGCUAUCAUGAUAAUAUUGAAAUGUUAAUAAUAAUAACAAAAUUUUGCAAUGGCGUCCAUAAGCUUGAAAGUGUAUGUGUCGGCGACCCUUUAACAAUAACUAUCUCUCUAAUCUAAUUGAAUAAGCAAAUAAUGUAGCAUAUAAAAAUGUAUACUACAUGGGCCCAGAAUGGAACAAAUGCUAUAAAGACAAUGGUUAUCUAAUAUAACGGCAUGCGUUAUAUGGAAUGUUUACGGUGUAACAGACUGUGUGUAUGAGUCACAACUAUGUACAUCUGCCCUUAUAUAUACCUCCAACUUCAUGAAGGUAAUAAUAAUGAUAAUAAUUAUCGAAAUUAUGUUAUUUUUGUCAAAUGGGGCCUCAAGUUCUCGUCUGACUACAAUUUUACUUUUAGGUUGGUAUAAACGGGAGCAGACAGUUUGCCAUGCGUUUAGUGGCACACUCCUUGCAUUUGUAUUCAUAUAAUGUCACGUAAGGUCAUAAGUUAUUGAACAGUCAGCCAAUCUGUGAUCCAAUGCAGAAAUUCCCUCCUCGUUUGUCUAAGAUACACUCUUGUAUGCGUCAUAGAGUAAACUCCUACAAAGAAAUGACGACAAACAUAGCACCUUUUUAGUACAGUUAUAUGUGGACCUGUAGAUUACAGUCAUGCUCGGAAAUUGAAGUUUCCCAGAUCGGACGUAAACCACUCGUUAAAGUAAAUCAUUGUAUUUGUGACUUGGGUAACUCAGCCCAUACUGAAAUGGCAACGUAUUUGCAUAGCCAGUUCAACCAAUACAGUCAGUUAAACUGUAUCUAUCAGUUCAUUCAUUUUAAUCUUUUGACGGAUUCCCAUACCUUUCACUAUUUACAAUUUAAGGUCUUACAACAGAUCAUUGAUUUUCUUCAAUCUCACUUAUCAAUGUACUGUGUAGCGCUCAAUCAAAAUAU